GUGAUUCCAACUAGCCUUUACUUGGAAACAGAAUCAAACCCUCACAGGAAAUCUUCCCUCAGCAGGAAAGGAACUAUUAAAGGUGUCCAUCCUCCUCUGCUCAUGGUUUCCAAUUCCAGGAAGAUGAUCCCAUGGAAGAAACUGUGUGGGCGCUAUCACAUGUGGGCCAUGGGCUUUUAUAUGCUGUUGGCCAUCGUUGCUCUGAAACUUUCUCUCAGAUUAAGGUGUGAUUUGGACUUCAGAGAAUUUCAGAGCCAGGACUGCAAGGAUAUCUUGUACAAGUCCCUGAAGCUCCCAGCAAAGAGUUCCAUCAACUGUUCAGGAAUCACUCGAGGGGACCAGGAGGCAGUGAUCCAAGCUGUUCUGAACAAUCUGGAAAUCAAGAAGAAGCGGGAGCCUUUUACAGAUGAGGACUACAUUGCUGGGACCAGAAACUGUGAGCUCUUUAAGACUGAAAGGAAAUUCAUCCAGUUCCCACUGAGCAAAGAAGAGUUAAACUUCCCUAUUGCAUACUCGAUGGUGGUUCAUGAGAAGAUUGAAAACUUCGAAAGGCUGCUGAGAGCUGUGUAUGCCCCUCAGAACAUAUACUGUAUCCAUGUGGAUCUGAAGUCUCCAGAGAGUUUCCAAAUGGCAGUGAGGGCCAUUGCUUCAUGCUUCCAAAAUGUCUUCAUAGCCAGUAAGCUGGUUCCAGUGAUUUAUGCCUCAUGGUCCAGAGUGCAAGCUGACCUGAACUGCAUGAAAGACUUGCUCCAGAGCCCAGUGCCUUGGAAAUAUUUCCUGAAUACAUGUGGGACAGACUUUCCUAUAAAGACCAAUGCUGAGAUGAUCCAGGCCCUGAAGCUUUUGAAUGGGAAAAACAGUAUGGAGUCAGAGGUACCUCCUGAGCACAAAAAAAUCCGCUGGAAAUACCAUUUUCAGGUGAGAGACAAGAUGCAGAUAACCAUGGAGAGGAAGAUCCCUCCUCCCAAUAAUGUAACUAUAUUCUCUGGGAAUGCGUAUAUGGUGGCUUCUCGAGACUUUGUUCAGCAUGUCUUAAAUAACAAAAAAUCCCAACAACUGAUAGAAUGGGCUAAGGACACCUACAGCCCUGAUGAAUUCCUCUGGGCCACCCUUCAGCGGGCCUCCUGGAUGCCCGGCUCAGUUCCCCCUCACCACAAGUAUGAUAUCUCAGACAUGAAUGCCAUUGCCAGGCUGGUCAAGUGGCAGGAACAUGAGGGUGAUAUCAAUGAAGGGGCACCUUACCAGCCUUGCACGGGGGUCUACCAGCGGACUAUCUGUAUUUAUGGGACUGGGGACCUGUAUUGGAUGCUCCAAAACCAUCAUUUGUUGGCCAACAAGUUUGACCCAAAGGUGGAUGAUAAUAUUCUCCAGUGUUUAGAAGAGUACCUACGUCAUAAAGCCAUCUACGGGACUGAACUCUGAGACACUCUAUGAUGGAGAGAGCGCUACCCGCUGUGGCAGGAGCCCAUAGACGCAUUCCAGGAACUUCCGGAAUAGUGUAGGGGUGGGAGACCAGGCUACUGGAAUCUAUGGCACCCCUUAGGGUAAAAGGGGACGGCUAUUGGAGGAUGGGUAAAUUGUCUUAUAAAUUGCUAACCUGGGUGAAUAUUGCCUAUUCUUCUACCUCUAUCUCCAGUAGCAUCUCUUCU